UGAUGAUCAACAGUCUGAACAGGAUACAGAUUUGAACCUUGGUCAAGAAUUUGACGAUUUAAUUUAUGAUAAUUCAGAGGAUAUAUCUAUGUGUAGUGAAAAUGGAUUUAAUACUGAUAUUGAUUGUUGUUCAGAUUAUGAAAGUGAACUGAUCUCAACUAACAUAGAUGACUUACCGAAGAUAUUUGAUAGAACAAAAUCUGAUUUUAAUUGGAAUUACGAAUGCUCAUUUGAACCUUUUGAUAAUUUUACAAAUCUUGCAAUGUUUAUAUGGGUCACCAA